AUGCACAUCCCAUCAUUUCUAUUCUCUGGCCUGCUGCUCCUCGGAGCCGGCCUUGCCCGCGCAGAAAAUACCCAGGACAAUGAAGUUCUCUGCAACGGCGACUCCCCCGAAAUGGGAACCAAGGACUUUGUCUUGUACCUCCGGAAUUGCCACAACGUCCACAACAACGUUGUCAACAAGCCAGCCGCACCGCCCAAGCCAGAGGUCAAGAAGAUUAAUUGCACCGAGGUGCUCAAGAAUGACAACCGCAUCGACUGCCGUGGCUUGGAUCGCAAGGGCUGCACGCUCCGCUCCUGGGAAUACGCUGCGCCCGAGUGUCAAGGCAAAACCGGCGCAGAGGCCAAGAAGUGCGCGGAUGACAGAGAUGUUCUUCCCUUUGGAGCCGGCGUUUUCUACACGGGCUACAUGAGGGCCGCCGUGCCGCAGUACACGCUUCAAAAGACGGAUGAGCCCGUGUUCAAGGAGCUGUCGUGCGAUAAGCUCAACCCGUUCGACUGCACUGGUAUAAACAAGUACAUGUGCCAGUAUCGCUCAUGGCAGGCUGGUGCCAAGUGCAAGAAUGACGCGAAUAGAGAAGCUUGCUGUGCCAAGCCGGAUAGCGAUCCCUCUGGCUUUUUCAAAGACACCUACCUGUUGGAGUUUAAGAAGAAGUGCAUGGCGUAG